AUGACAUCGGACACCGAGAAGGAGGAAGUUGCGGCCGGCAAAAAGGAGAGUCCAAAACUAGUGGAGCUGAAAUCGUUACGUGCGUCAACAAAGGGCAACAUAACACGAAUUAAGAACCUGAUAGCGAAGAAAGGUUCUUCCUUGCCCGAAGAGGAAUUGGAGUGCAGGCUUGGUAUUUUGGAGGCGUACUUUAAGCAAAUACUAAGCGUUCAGGCCAGCAUCGAUAAGAUUUGUCCAGAAGCGGAGAGGGCGUCCAAUGCUACCUUCGUAGGUGACGUAGAGGAAUUAUAUGUCAGUGCUAAGUCAAACAUUAUGUCACUGAUUCCCAAGCAACGUCCUGCUCCAGGGGAGGCAAGUUUUUCGCAGACAGCAUCGUUUUCUGCACCCGCGUCAAAGCUACGCCGUGAAAUUAAAAUUCCUAAGUUUGAUGGGAAAUACGCUGAAUUCCCCAAAUUUAUCGCUUUAUUUACAAAAAUGGUUGAUCAAGACCAAACCUUGGAUAACUUCGAGAGGUUUUUGAUACUCAAAGAUAGUUUGGGUCCAAGACCACUUUCUGCAAUAGCGGAGUUCUACGAAACGGAUGCAAACUACCCGAAGGCAUUGGAUCGUUUAAAGUUGAUUUUCGAUAAAAAAGCGCUUAUGUUUCAGGAACACAUUGCAGCGCUUUUUGAAAUGCAAAAGGCCACCAAAGGGUCAGCUCGGCAUUUACGCAAAAUAAUUGAUACCACUAACGCGCGUUUGAGUGCAAUGCUGUCGCUGGGCAACUACCAAGACGUUACUAAUGCCCUCAUAAUAUACCUGGUGAUGGAUAAACUGGAUGCUGAGUCCCAAACAAAAUGGGAGGAAUCUGUUGAUUAUACACAGCUGUCCUCAUGGGAAAAUUGUUCAGAAAUACUAUCAAGGCGAUGUCAAACGUUAGAAGCACGGGAAACAAAGAUUUCUCAUACCGAUUUGAAGCAGACUAUAAAGGAUAUCCAUCGGGACUCAAAGCCAAAGACAUUCUUCGGUAAGCGUAAUACGUCAACGGCACUGGCUAUUGAGCAUACAUCUUGCAGCAUUUGUCACAAAGGUGGUCAUGAGGUAGUGACUUGUCCGAGAUUCACGCGAAUGAGCUCUCAAGAGCGCUACUCUGCGGCACGUGCCGCCAAGCUAGGCAAGACGACACAGGACCCGUCUCGAAUGAAGUCAGCGCUUGUGCAAGAAGUUUUCUUGGAAACUGCAGUUAUACUGGUGAAAGCUACGGGUGGACGUUAUCAUCCGGUGCGUGCCAUUUUAGAUUCAGCGUCGCAAAUUAACCUUAUGUGCGACUAUUUGGCGCAGAUGUUAAGGCUGCCAAAGGCGACAUGCCUGCUUGAACUUAAUACAGUGAUAAAGUCACGCGUCAACAACUACGAAGUAGCAUUGCAAUUUUAUAUAUUGCCAAAGAUAACAUCAAGAAAACCUGAUCAAUAUGUCAACGUCUCCACCUGGAAUAUUCCCAAGAAUGUUGAGCUUGCGGAUCCACGCUUUAAUACUCCGGCACGGGUGGAUAUGUUGCUAGGUGCAGAAAUAUUUCUGGAGUUGCUGUGCGUAGGUCAAAUAAAGCUGUUGAACGGUGUACCUCGAUUGCAAAAAACGGUAUUUGGCUGGGUAGUGUCCGGUAGUACACAGAUAGUCGAAGGUGAUCGCGUGAGGGCUCAAAGCCUGGUAAGCGACGUAGUCGUAACGGAACAGCAAGACGAAAAACUUAACAGCUUGGUGGAGCGAUUCUGGGAGAUGGAGCAACUAUCGACGAAGUCUACGUUCUUAACUGACGAGGAAGCAGAGUGCGAGCGCAUAUUUCGCGAGAGCGUGCGCAGAGAUGACAGCGGAAAAUUCGUCGUAAAAAUACCAUUAAAGAACAACGUUGAUAAACUUGGAGAUUCGUUUUACACAGCUGAGCGGCGGUUUCUGGCAUUGGAAAGGCGGCUUAAUAAAGAUUCAGACACCAAAAAAGCAUAUGCUGACUUUAUUGAGGAGUAUAUAAAACUCGGGCAUAUGGCAAAGGUAGCGGCAGCAGACCUUGAGCAGCUGAAGUAUUUUUCGCCUCAUCAACAUGUGUUACGCCCGGAGUCCACGAGUACAAAACUUCGAGUAGUUUUUGAUUGUAGUUGCAAAACUAGUAGCGGGUUGUCGCUCAAUGACGUAAUGAUGAAAGGGCCAGUUGUACAAGAUGAUUUGUUUUCGAUAGUGCUGCGAUUUCGGUGCUUCAAAUUUGCGCUUACAGCUGACGUAACAAAAAUGUACAGACAAGCAUGGGUUACUGCCGAAGACUGCAACUAUCAAGCGAUUUUGUGGAGAAGCUCCAGCGAUGAAAGGCUUGCAGCAUAUCGACUGCUGACGAUAACUUAUGGGACAACGGCAGCGCCUUUUCUAGCAACUCGUUGCCUGCAGCAGUUGGGUGAAGAUGGUAAGAAGCACUUUCCAUUGGGAUCGAAGAAAAUACUAUCUGAUUUUUACAUGGAUGACUUCAUCAGCGGAGCUGAUACAGAAGCAGAAUUAAUGCAAGUCUAUCGUGAGGUAUCAGCACAAACAAAUUCAGUGCAUUUCACUCUACGCAAAUGGCAUUCAAACAAUGCUUGUUUUAUGCUGCAGCUAGACGAAGGUGAAAAGGAGAAGCCAAUACGAGUUAACGAUGUCGAAAUCAUUAAAACUCUUGGCAUUGUUUGGGAACCAGGAGCGGACCACUUCAGGUAUGUCUGGCAAGAGCUACCGUCCACAAAAAACGUAAACAAAAGGGUAGUGCUAGCGGAGUUGUCAAGUUUAUUCGAUCCGCUGGGUCUCCUGAAUCCGGUCAUAGUAAAGGCGAAAAUCUUCAUGCAAGACUUGUGGAUCAAAAAAUUGGCAUGGGGUGAAUCACUGGCAAUGCACCUGCAUAACCAAUGGGUCGAGUUUCGAGAGAGGCUCAGUGCGAUUCGAGAUGUAAAAGUGCCUCGCUAUAUUCUAAGCGCGAAAAAGCAUGUACGAGUAGAGAUGCACGGGUUCGCUGAUGCAUCACAGCGGGCUUACGGCUGCUGCAUCUACGUGCGAUCGAUCGACGAAGAUAAUGGUGUAACCGUGCAAUUAUGGAGCGCCAAAUCGAGGUUUGCACCCCUCAAAACAAAAUCACUUCCGCGGCUGGAGCUGAUGGCAGCUCAUCUGUUAGCUACAUUAGUAGUGAAGACGCAGCAGAAUUUUCGAAUUCAACCAGAUGCUCUGUAUCUAUGGAGCGACUCCGAAAUUGUGCUGGAGUGGCUGAGGGCUCAUCCAUCAACCUGGACAACUUUCGUCGCUAACAGGGUAGCCUUGAUACAAGAAGCAACUAAAUCAGCAAUUUGGAGACAUGUUCCUUGUCGGCAAAAUCCAGCUGACGUUAUAUCCAGAGGGCCAGCCUUCUUACUGAAACCAUGCGACCAAUGGCCUGCCAACAAGUUGUGUAGCAUACCCGAGGAAGACGUAGAAGAACGCCGUAAGCAGACGACAACGCUGGCGGCCGAAGUAAAGAAAAAUUCCUUUAUCGAGUGGCUUGAAGGGAGAAGUGAUUACGUCCGAACACAAAACCGAGUGGCGCAUUUUCUUUGUAUUUUUCGGCGAAUAAAGGGUCGCCACGACAAACUUCCGCCUCUCACAACAACAAUGCUGGAUGAAGCGUUGAUUCGCAUAGCGUUCUGCCUACAAAAACACUACUUUAACAACGAGUACAAUGCAAUAAAGCGCGACGGUGUGGUGCCGUCAACGAGUAAGGUGAAGUGCUUGAGCGUUUUUAUUGAGAGCUGCUAUGGAGUGGAUAUACUGCGUGUGGGUGGUCGCUUGAAAAACGCAAAGUUGCCGUACGAUGAAAAGCAUCCGAUUUUGCUACCUGGAGAGAGUAACUUCGUUCGCAGUUACAUACGCUAUGUGCACGAAAAGCAUAUGCACGUAGGAAGCCUUGAUGGCGAUAAUGUGACAACGAUUUUGGAUUGUAAAUGCUCGAAAGGUGGUGCGCUCGUAACGACUAGAUGCUUGCAGUGCUUUCGCUGCCGACCGAGGCUUCAGAAGCAGAUCAUGGGUAAUUUGCCGACUGAGAGAGUUAGUAUGGCGCGACCGUUUACAACUGCUGGUGUGGACUUUUGUGGUCCGAUUAUGACGACGUACAAACAAAGAGGAAUGCGCACUACAAAAAGCUAUAUCGCCGUCUUCGUAUGUUUCGCGUCGAAGGCCGUGCAUAUGGAGGUGGUUUCUGAUCUGACGGCAAAGGCAUUCAUUGCAGCGCUUAAAAGAUUUGUCGCUCGCAGGGGUAUAUGCGCACAGCUUUUCUGUGACAACGGCACAAAUUUUGUUGGUGCCCGUCGUGAGCUGCAGGAGUUCAGAAAAACAUUUUACGAACAACAACAACAAGGCAUGAUUUCGAGGUAUUGUGUAGCAAAUAACAUCGAUUUUCGCCAUAUACCGCCGCGCUCACCCCACUUUGGCGGCCUCUGGGAGGCGGCGGUGAAAUCCGCUAAAUACCAUCUGGUUCGCAUCCUAGGCGAAGCGUUUCUAACAUUUGAGGAGCUAUGUACUGUGGUCGCAGAAGUCGAGGCCACGUUAAACUCGCGGCCCUUGACUGCAAUGUCUUCCGACCCAAGCGACGAAGCUGUUAUUACGCCGGGACAUUUUUUGACAGGUGGGCCGCUUGUUGGAAUCUUGGAACCUAUUAUCGAAAGCGAGCAUAUCUCAAACUUAAACCGCUGGGUGCGACUAACGGCCAUAAAACAACACUUUUGGAAGCGUUGGUCAUACGAAUACCUGUACGAGUUGCAGCAAAAGACGAAGUGGACGGCGAACAAAGAAAACGUAGUUGAAGGCGACUUAGUUUUGGUGUCAGAAGACAAUGCACCACCUAAAUCAUGGUUAAUAGGAAGAGUAACGAGGGCCAUAAAGGCUGCUGAUGGGUAUGUGCGCGUUGUCGACAUUGAAACCAAGAACGGGUGCAUCCGUCGCGCAAUACAAAAGGUGGCGCCAAUUCCAAAACCCGAAUGA